AUGGUGAAAAGGCCACAUUUUUUUCAUCCCCCUCUUCAAAAUGUGCUUGUUUUCAUUUCGGUCUACCACCAUUAUCUCCUCCUGGCUUCAUCUUCUUCCUCUUCCCAGGGCACAAACCUGCUGCUACCGUCCGACGCAUCCGCUUUGCUCGAUUUCAAGUUCAAAGCCGAUUCGCGGCACAGUUUGGAUUAUUCUUCAAGAACCGCUUUCGCUUUCUGCAAAUGGGAAGGUGUCCGGUGCUCGGCCUCCCGGACGGUCAAAUUGAUCCUCGAGGACCGGAAUCUCGGCGGCGUUUUUCCGCCGGACACUCUAACCCGGCUCGCCCAGCUCCGAGUUCUGAGCCUGCAGAACAAUUCGCUCACCGGCCCGGUUCCCGACCUAUCCGGCCUGGUCAAUCUCAAGGCCCUCUUCCUCUCCCGCAACUACUUCUCCGGCGCGGUUCCUCCCUCCAUCUCCGCCCUCCACCGCCUCAAAACCCUCGAUCUCUCCUACAACAUGCUCGCCGGCCCGAUCCCCGAGUCCCUCAACGGCCUGGACCGGCUGUACUGCCUCCGCCUCGAUUUUAACCGGUUCAACGGCUCGGUCCCCCCUCUCAACCAGUCCUCCCUCCAACUCUUCAAUGUCUCUCACAAUGGCCUCGCCGGCGCGAUUCCGGUCACACCGACCCUCUCCCGCUUCGAUAGAACGUCGUUCAGCCAGAACCCCGGGCUCUGCGGCGAGAUCAUCCACCGGGAGUGCCGCCCGUCGCGGCCGUUCUUCGGCUCCGCCGCCGCGUCGCCGGCCGCGGCGGCGCUCAGCCAGACCGCCCAGCUGCAGGGCGGCGUGGCGCUGGCCGGCAGGGGCGUGCUCGUCGGGAAGCACAAGCGGGCCGCCUUAGUGAUCGGGUGCACGCUGGGCGCGUCCAUUCUCGUCAUUUCACUGUUGUGCCUCGCGCUAGCUGUCAGGAAGCGCAAGGGACGUGGCCAAAGUACGAGAAUGCCCCUGGACGCUAGCGUGACGGGGAAUGCAGAGGCUGUGACGCGGAUAGAGGAGGAGAAUGCGGAGCUGGCGGAGAAAGUACGGAGGGUGCAGGAGGAGAAGGGCCAGCAGCUGAGGGGCAAAAGCGGGAGUUUGGUAUUCUGUGCGGGGGAGGUGCAGCUUUACACGAUGGACCAGCUGAUGAGGGCCUCGGCAGAGCUGCUCGGGAGGGGGACGAUGGGGACUACGUACAAGGCUGUGCUCGAUACGCGCCUCAUUGUGACUGUGAAAAGGCUGGAUGCGGGACGGCUGGCGGGGGUGGGCCGGGAGGCGUUCGAGGGCCACAUGGAUGCCGUGGGCGGGCUUAGGCACCCCAAUCUGGUACCUCUACGGGCUUAUUUCCAGGCCCGGGAGGAAAGGCUGUUGGUGUAUGAUUAUCAACCCAAUGGAAGUCUUUUCUCCCUCAUUCAUGGUUCAAAGUCAUCCAAGGCAAAGCCACUCCACUGGACCUCAUGCCUAAAAAUAGCAGAGGACUUAGCCCAAGGUCUUUGCUACAUCCACCAAGCCUGGCGGCUAGUCCAUGGCAACCUCAAACCCUCCAAUGUCCUCCUGGGCCCAGACUUCGAGGCCUGCCUAACUGACUACUGCCUCGUGGCCCUAUCCAGCCCGUCUUUGGAUGAUGACCCAAACUCAACGGCCUAUAAAGCCCCCGAGAUGCUCAAGUUCAACGACCGUGAGCCCACCACCAAGUCGGACGUCUACUCGUUCGGCAUCCUUCUGCUCGAGCUCCUCACUGGAAAUUGCCCUUCGGAGCACCCGAAUGUGGGCCCACACGAGAUGGUCCAUUGGAUGAGGUCCACGAGGGACGAGCAGAAUGAGGAGAACCGGCUCGAGAUGGUUCUUGAGGUGGCCGUGGCUUGUUGUGCGGCUUCGCCUGAGCAGAGGCCCACAAUGUGGCAAGUGUUAAAGACGGUGCAGGAGAUUAAGGAAGUGGCGUUGAUGGAGGAUAGUGACUUCAACCCGAGUUCGGGCUCCUCGUAG